AUGUCAAGCACCCUCAACGCCCCAGAGACAACAGCCUCGCAUUCCGAGCUAUUCGGACUCACAGGACAGAAGCGACCAUCAACUACAGCAGGUUCCGGUCCCGGGACAGGAAUCAUUGGCACCAGCGGACACGCAGGAGCAAUCAACAAGGCAGCAGACACAUUAGGAUCCGGGUCCAUAGCCUCAUCCGAGACGGCUGGCAUGCAACAAGGUGGAAAGAGCAAUGCAAUCAUUGGCUCUGGAGGAGAACAAUUCACACCGAGUCAGGGAAAUGGAGAUGUUGGUCGAGAACGACAAGAGAAGAAGAGUCUGGUUGAUAAAUUGAAUCCAUUGAACCCAAGCCCCCCUUUGUCACCAAACCAAUUGCCCACCACGGCGUUGACGACCAUCAACAAUCGCGACGCUGAUCCAGACAAGAUUGACUUUGCUCCUCCGCCUCAGUUUUCCGGUUCAGACGUCGCUUCUUCCUCAGGUCUAUCAGCACGACCUCCACCUUUCUCCUCCCUCUACUUUCCUUCUGCAGCCGAACUUGAUCGCCUGAGGGCCACUGUUGCCGAGACUGCUUGCGACAAUCCGCUCGUAACUGCUCCGGCGCCCUCCUUUGAGGAGGCUCUCGCCGACGACGAAGCCGAGUCCAAGGCUCAAGCCGAUUCAAAGGCCACCCUUCCGCAGGACUCAAAGGCCCAGUCUUCAAAAGCAGUCGUCGACGAAGGAGAACCUCCACCUCCCUAUACCGAAGGUUCGAGUCCUUUAGACUCGUUUUCCUACGUCAUGGCCACUGCCGGUGGUCCUGCGAGUAUCAUCACACAAGUCCAGCAAAGUGCCGGUCCUCCUAUCAAUACUCUGGGAGCCGGAGAGGCUACGGAUGAGCACAUCACUCUGGAUUUGAGAGGAACGCAAUUCACAUUAUCUCGCGAUGAGCUACUGACACUUCCCGAAUUUGUACUAUUAUCAUUAUUCCCCAAUGGUCUCCUGCCAGACGGUCAUAUGAACUCAUUCCACGAUGGCGAUGUCUAUCCUGUUGAUGUAGGUACCAUUACACCUGCACACGUUUUGUCCAUUCUUAGCAAUCCUUAUUAUUACAUGGGAGAUUUAACGUAUUUUUCGCAGUAUGACCCAGCAUCGCUUCAGUAUAUGUUAAACUUCUUUCGAGACGUUGCUCAAUCCAUACCAUCCACAACUCCAUCACCAACCACACCGCCCGAUGGCGAUGCCAGGGAGAUCACACUUGAACCUCCCAUGUCAUCCACCAAAGACAUGCUUCAAGACCGAGCAGGUAUCAUUGUCCUGAGAGAGGAUCUCGAUUUCUAUGUCAUUCCUCCCAAGCCAGAUAUUGAACAAGCUGAGAUGACCGAAGUCAAGAGAGCGGCGGGCAAAUCAUUACUUCGACAGAAUGGAAUCUUUUCUGGACUGAAACGGAGUGAGGAAGCUGGCACCACUGAACAGCAUCUGAUAGAAAUGCUGACUGCUGGGGGGUUCAAUCACGAUGACGCAUGGGGUCACCGGGCAGGGGAACCCAACAAGGCCGUCAUCUGCAGUUUAGCACUUGCUCGACUACGCACCGAUAUCAAAGGUGAUUUAGCUGGGGGAAAUGCAGUUGGCAUGGCCCAAAAGCUUCUGCUCUUCUGGCGGAAACCAGCACGAAGAUGUUGGUGGGAAGGAGUUGACCUUGACAACGUUGAAGGAGUCGAGGGCAGUGUCAAGGUGUGGAUUCGAAGAGUAUGGACUUUGGAGAUGAGUGUCAUUGGAUUACGGUGA